AUGGUUUUGAUCAACGGUGUCAAAUAUGCUUGCGAAAGGUGUAUUCGAGGGCACAGAGUCACAACAUGUAAUCACACAGACCAACCACUGAUGAUGAUCAAGCCCAAGGGUAGGCCGUCCACCACGUGUGACCACUGUAAAGAGUUAAGAAAGAACAAAAAUGCCAACCCGUCUGGUGCUUGCACUUGUGGUAGACUGGAGAAGAAGCGGCUUGCUCAGAAAGCGAAGGAAGAAGCCCGGGCAAAGGCAAGAGAGGAGAAGAAGAUCAAAGAUUGCAAGUGUGUGAAUGACGAAAAUUGUAAGUGCCAUGGGACGAGACGCAGCAUCAGGAAGAGAAGCUCGGGCAUUACUUUGAAGAAAGACAGCGGCAGUAUUCACACCAACGAAGAUCAUCUGAUGUCGCCUAUAUCGAUCGAUUCGAGGAAUAAUUUCAGUAUUGGCGGUGGCAACAAUAAUAAUAUAUCGGAGGCUUCGUUGCGAGAUCACGAGCUAAAUGGUAAAGUUUCAAAAGAAUAUCAUCACGUGCCAUCGUUACAUUCAAUAUCUUCUUUCCAGUCAACUCGAUCACUAGAUAACAACUUUAGUAUACCUCAAAGUCCGCCUCUGGUCAGUGCUCACUAUAACUCCAGCUACAGUGCUAAUGGUAAGAAUAACCAAGCUAAUAAUAAUAGCAACAACAGUAAUAAUAAUAAUAAUAAUAAUAACAGUAGUAACAUCAGUUCAAAUAUGAAUCAUUCGAGUUCCUUUGUUAAUUGGGAUAAUAGUUCAAUUACUUCUUCAGAGACACAUUUACAACCAGAGAAAAAUACCAGCGUUGGAUUGGAUCCUUUACAAAACACCAAAAGGAUCUCUUCAUUGACAAGAGCUCGCGUUGGCGAGGUAACAAUACCUUUAGAAGAAUAUGUGCCAUCAAGUAUUGAUGGUGUAGGUAAAGUCAAUGAUACGAACUCUCUUUCGCAAGAUUGGUCUUUUGAUAACAAUCCCAGCUCUUCAAAUUUGAAUUCAAGUUAUAGCAAUAUUUCAGCGAUGAAUUCGAACAAUAACACAAAUACUCAUAAUGGUUUAUUGGACAUGUUUCUGGACUCCUCUUCGAUACCAGCUUUAUCAAGAGCGAAUCUUUUGUUACAGGAGAAAAACAAUUUAUUAAAAGAUGAAAUAAAUAACAAUUCAACUCCAGCAAAUUCUGCCAAUAAUAAUAUUAAUAGUAACUAUACUUCUAAUGGUUUUCAUGCAGGUCAAGAUGCGCUUCAUCAUUAUAGUAUUAAAAAUCAUUUUAACAAUAAUAAUGCAAAUGCAAGCACAAAUGUAAUUUCAAAGUCUCAUUCCAGUUCAAACUUCAAUGCUCCAAACAAUUUAAUUAAUAAUAAUGCUAAGGGUUCUUUCUGGAUUGAUUCAUCAAAUAUUGAUCAGUCCGAAACUUUUAGCGCUGAUAAUGAAAGUGUUAGAAGUGUUGAAGUAUUGUCAUUAACUCCAAGUUUUAUGGAUAUUCCAGAUCGCUCAUCAAGUUUUCAGCAUAUUCAUAAUCAGAAUCAUCCACAUCAUCCUCAAUCAAAUUUACAGAGACAAUCUCUAGAUUCUGAGAGACUAAAGCAACGAUCAUCGAGUAUUCACAGAAACCACAGAUAUCCACAAUCGUCUUAUGUUGGACAAUCCGUUCAUAAUGUAAGAUCACAACCUAUAACGGUAAAUCCUUCAAUGGUUUCGAAUGUUGAUGAUACAAUAAGUUUGAAUUCUUUACAAUCUCCAACGAGCUCACUUCAUGAAAAUGGAUUCAUGAGUGCUUCUACAGAUUAUUUUCAAGGUCCCAAGCAGGUUUCUGACAGACUGAAAUCUCCCAGAUCAUUAUCAAAUACUGAAAAUGUGACAAUUUCUCAACAAUCUCGUUUACCAUCGCAUCAACAGCAACAAUACACUUCACAAUCUCGCCAAUCGUCACACUAUCAAAAGCUAUCAGAAAAUAAUAAAGAACAAGCUUCUCAGUUAUUCACAGAUUUAGGGUUAACAUUGGAUUCUGAUCAGUUCUUAGGCCUAAGUACUGCCGACCAAUCUCAAUACGAAGAUCCCAUGAGAAAAAAUCAAAGGGAAAAUAAUAAUCCAUUAUCCUUUGCCAAUUCAAUGAUAAAAUCGGAAACUUCACCUGCAAGUAGUAAUCAGGCGGCUUCCCCUCCAAGUCAGCUAUUAAACGAAAAAAAUUAUGCUGACUUGGACAGCUUUAUGUCUAUCCUUUAA